CAUUGGUUUACCAUAAUAAGAUACGUAAUAAACAAUGUACUUUAAUACCAGUAGCUAGCGGUAUCGAGCUCAAACACAUCGUUUGUCAACCAUUAUUAGAACCCCAGAAGAAGAAACACGGACCCCCGAAGAAGCCAAACGCGGAAACGAGCUGAACAUCUGUAAGCACGCUGGUUGGAUCCACUGUUACGAAAAAAGUAUUUCGUUUAUUCAGUUAUUCCUAGCUCUCCUGCAAUCGCGCCGAUGUGUCAGGUGACUGAAACCUAUCAUGAUGACUUUGAGCAGAAUGAGAUUCCAAGUGAGUCGAAGAAAUGUGUCAAAUGCAAGGACGUGAUUGCCGUGGUGGCCAUCAGGGCAGGUGACAAAUACUGCAGGGGCUGUUUUGAACUGUACUUCCAUCACAAAUUCAGAGCCACAUUGGGCAAAAACAGAGUGAUUUUCCCAGGAGAAAAGGUGUUGCUAGCUGUAUCUGGAGGCCCUUCUUCUUCAUCAAUGCUCAGACAAGUCCAAGAGGGUUUGAGUCAGAAUGCUCACAAGAAGUUGAGAUUCAUGCCAGGAAUUGUCUACAUUGAUGAGGGUGGUGCUUUGGGUCAGUCUUUGGAUGAGCGACGGCAAACGGUGGCAAAAAUGGACGAUAUUUUUAAGGCUUCAGGAUUCCCCUAUCACAUUGUGCCUUUGGAACAGGUUCUUGACCUCCCAAGUUCAGUUAUCAUGAUGGCUCCUUCCUCACAGCAACAAGCAAGUUCCUACAAAGCAUAUGUGGACAACUUCAUUCGCAAGAAUACUUGUAGUUGUUUAACACCAGAGCAGAAGCAUGAGACUUCAUUGCCUUUUGUUCAAGAGUCACAGACUGAGCAACUGCAGCAGCUCAUUAACUGUUUUAAAACACUGACAGCCAAAGAAGACAUCCUGAGUAAUUUGAGACAACACCUCUUAGUGCACACAGCGCGUUGUGAAGGCUACAGUAAAUUGAUGUUAGGAGACAACUGCACCAGACUGGCCUGUAAACUUCUUGUUAGUAUAUCAUUGGGAAGAGGAGCACAGCUUGCUCAAGAUACAAGCUUCUCAGACUCACGCUACGGUGACAUAGUAUCUGUGAGGCCCAUGAGGGAUUACUCUGCAAAAGAAAUCGCCUACUAUAACCAUAUUUUCAAUGUGCCAUCUGUUUUCACACCAAACCUACAAACUAAGAAUAAAGAAAAAUCCAGCAUUCAGCGUCUGACAGAAAGCUUUAUCAAUAAACUGCAAGUUGAUUUCCCAUCUACUGUCAGCACCAUCUACAGAACUAGUGAAAAGCUGCAAACAGCUUCUACAAGUUCAUCUUCUGCGAACACUUGUGACAGAUGUUUGCUCUGUAUGUGUUCUUUGGAUACCUCAGUUGAAAAUGCUUCAGCCUUCCAGGCAACUUUGAUCUCUAAAUGCCUCUCACAGACCAAAUCUGGAGGUGCAAACAGUGCCUCCUCUCCCAGACAAAACACAGGUCCCACUACACGUUGUUGCCAAGGCAAAGAAGAGCAUUGUGAAACAACUCUGGAAAAUAGAGGCUGCUGUUCUGUUAUCAGGGCUCCAGACACGACUGACGUGACAAGCCUACUGUGUUACAGUUGUCAGUUGACUACCAAAGACAUGUCCUCAGUGGAUCGUCUUCCUCAAUACAUCUUGUCGGAGGCUCAGAUAAGACAAAGGAGGGCUCGUAUGAAAGAGGAGAUUAGUGAUUUCCUGUUGGAUGAUUAGAACAGAAAGCAUGUGAGUUGACGACAUAAGGAAAUCAUAUGUUUCGGAGUUUGCAUCGGUUUGUUUUGUGGUCUUGAUUGUAAUUUAUAGCAUCGUUAACCACUACCUGUACAAAAACGUUGGACACACACAUUUUUUACACUGGGAUGAGGAACUACCGUGAUAUGAAAAAGUAUCUGAACCAUUUGGAAUUUCUCACAUUUCUGCAUAAAAUGUGAUCUGAACUUUGUCAAAAUCAUACAGAUGAAAAUACAGUGUCUGCUUUAACUGAAAUCACUCAAACAUAUAUAGGUUUUCAUAUUUUAAUCACGAUUGCAUGCAAACAAUGACAGAAGGGGAAAAAUAAGUGAACCAUCUGCCUAAGGAGACUUCAAGAGCAAUUGAAACCAAUUUUUACCAAACAUUCUGUCAGGUGUGUGCACAAUCACUGGUGAGUGGUUUAAGGCUGCCCCUGCCCUGCCCACGAUAAAACACACACCUGGUAAGAAUUGUCUUGAUGUCACACAUUGUCUGAUGUGCAGCAUUUGUAUAAAGCUGGGAAAGGAUACAAAACCAUCUCUAAAAGUCUGGAUGUUCAUCAAUCGACAGUCAGAUAUUAUAAAAUAUUAAUUGUGAUUGUUCACUUAUUUUCCCCCCUUCUGUCAUUGUUUGUAUACUAUCCUCAUUAAAAUCUGAAAACCUAUAAAUGUUUUGGUGGUUUUAGUUAAAGCACACUUUUUUUUUCAUCUGUGUGAUUUUGACAAAGAUCACAUUUGAUGGUGAUUUUAUGCAGAAAUGUGAGAAAUUCCAAAAGGUUCAGAUACUUUUUCAUUCCACUGUAAAUGCCCCAAGCAUGUAAUAAAAAUUCUGAGAAAUGUUUCAAAAAUUCACACGACACAGGUUCUUUCGAUUUUGUCCCGCACAUUGCGGCAGAAAUGUGGGUUUUUCUGGGGGGUAAAAAAAUGUUUUAUACCUUUAUAAUAAUAAUAUACAUUCAAGAUACACAACACCUGACACAGCUCAGUUCUCACUAAACACUUUUUAUUAUAUGACUAUCCACAUUCACAAGGACAAAGAUAUCUGGCCAAUAUAUCAUAUUUGUGAAAACCUGGAUCCCUGUUAAGCUUUAAAUAGCUUCCUUGGAGUGUCCCUUUCACGCAUCUGAUUGUAUAAACAUAUACUGUGUCUGGUUGUUUAUUACAUGCAUUGUAUACUUUGAAUAAUGUGUGAAUAAAUUGAACUGAACUUGUCUUUCUGAUAGCCACAAAGAUUAUUUUCUACUUCAUGCAUUUUAUAUUUCCCAACAUUUUUUAAUACUAGUAUUUGGCCUUUGGGAAAAAGCAAAAAAGAAAAUUGUGAGUUGUACCUUUCGAGCCUUUUUUUUGUGUUAAAAUAAAUCAUGGCAAAACUGAUGUAACCACAAGUUAGCAGGCCUGGUACUCGUUUGUCAUCCAACUUGAUCUGGGUAUGACCGUCACCCUGUAUUUGGCUGGUUGAAGCACGACGCCAAACCUGCCCUCCAACAGUGGUGGAGGUUGUCCUGGCGGGGAGGAUAAUGUAAAGCGCUGCAGAAUCCAGGAAAGGAAGAUAAAAAGUUCCAUCUUGGCUAAGGCCUCGCCAAGACACACUCUGAUCCCGGCUCCAAAUGGCAUGUAGCUGGAUGAUGGGUUGAUCAAACCUGUGCCUUCGCUAUUCAAAAAUCGACCUGUAGUUAAGGAAACAAAACGGUGAAACAUGGAUUUUUUUGAAGACAUUGAUCCAGACACCUUUUUAAAAUGGUACAGUGGUACCUCUACUUACAAACAUCUCUACAUACAGAAUUUUCAGGUUAAGACAUGCCUCAAUGGGGAAAAUAUUGCCUCUUGUUAAGGAAAUUUCAGGAUACGAAAGGCAAAAAUAUGGCGGGUUCCCAGUUUACUGAACGUAACAUAUUUUUUAUAGCUGCUCUGCCAUUGGCUAUUGCCUAGCAAUUCUGGCAUCCAAUUAACUAAGAGGGACCUCAACUGUAAGUGUGUAUUCCAGCGUCCUCUUCAUUCAGUGGUGCCUCCAGAAGUUUUUCAUAGCGUUGGCCAGAUGGGGGCCACUUAAAAUCUUGGGGAGGCACACCAAAGCUAAAAGCCAUAAUUUCAGGUUUUCAUUAUAUUAUUGCAGUAAAAAGGUCAGGGGAAAACUAUCAAAGACUUAAGGACACGGCUACUGAUAUAGUUUGGUGUAUUGUGUAAUAUUUGAUGUUACUAAUGAUUUAAUGUGCAUAGUCCAUAACUGUCCAGUCAACAUUUUGAGUUACGCAACAAUUCUGU